AACUUUUUGGCGUCACGGGUCCUUGAUAUUUAAAGAUUUUCUGGAUGGAACAAACGAAUUUAUUUUUCGUUAAAGAAGGCGCCUUAACAUCCACAUGACAUGGGCGUGUUUCGGAAAAUGACACCGACUGGCAACGUUUCCAGUGACCUAGACAGUUGACAUUUUCCAGAGUAAGUGAAGAUAGGGCAACAGAUUCACUCUACAUUACUGUUGACAUUUACCAGCAAUUUUGUUUGGUGUUGAUGUGUUUAGACUGAUUGUCGACUUCUAGUUGUCCUUUCAUGUACUUAUAAACUGGAGCAUAUUCAGAAGAAAAUACUUCUUAAAACGCUGAAAAGGUAUGUUUUCUGAAGAGUAUGAACCAUCUUACUUCACAGACAUCUCACUGAAGUCAUCAACAAGGAGGAACGUUAACAAAUUCAUAAAUACAGCGAACCAUGAAAGAAAUCAAAGAUAAAGAAUAAUGUAACAACGCCAACGACGACAACAAAAACCACGGAAGCAGAAACAACAAUAACAACCAACAACAACAACAACAACUAAAGCAGCAACAACAACACAGCAGCAAAAACGACGACGACAACAAAAACAACAAAUUUUAAUCAGCGAUAUUCUUGGAGUGAGGUGGACACAUUAAGGAUAAUAAAGAAUUAAGGUAUCCAUGGCUACACUUUCGGAAAUAAAUGCGGCCGAGGCUUUUCGCCAAUUUCCGUUGUCCGUUUAUUUAUCGAUUUUGUCCCUGGUGGGACUGAUCGGGAACUCCAUCGUUCUUUACAUUUACACAAAAGUUUACACAAAUUCCAACUCACGCUGUUUCAUCUGCUUUCUGUCAACCGUUGACCUUAUGACCUGUGUAGUCGCAGUACCGAUUGAGAUUCUAACAGUCCUGAACCAGUACGAGUUUGAUAACCCUAUUGCUUGUGGAAUAUCUCGGUUUGUAAACUCAGCGGGGACCGUUGCAGCGUCUACAAUAUUAAUUUUGAUAGCUAUCGACAGAUAUCGUAAAAUAUGUAAACCUCUGAAAUGGCAAAUAUCAAACAAAAUCGCAAAAAUUUUAAGUGUGUGUUCGUUGAUAUUUGGCAUUGUAUUUUCAAUACCUAACAUUUUUCUUUACGGUGUUCGAACCAGAGAGGUCGUGUUCGAGUCUUUUGUGUACAACGGUACUGAAUGUUCUGUUAGUGAUGCUUGGUCCGAAUCUUCCAUUCCCCUCAUCAACAACGUCAUCACACUGCUUUUGUUCCUCGUGUCGGCGGUGACACUUGUUACGCUAUAUACUAUCAUCGGCAGAAAUGUCCGGUUCUUCGCAAGACGCCAAGAACAAAGGAAGAACUCUUCAGUUGUCUUGGAUACGCACAGUGAUGUCCAAAAUGCAGUGAAGAGGCGUGUUUCGGAGAUGAGGUCACAAGAUGGUCUCUCAGUGGGUUCGUCCAUUGACAAUCCUGUACACAGAACUAGAAAUUUACCAAUUCCGCGAGACAAUGACUCUUCUUUAAAAAAUGUAACGCUUACUCACAGUAAAUCUUCGGACCCACUUGUUCGGACACUUGACAGAGAACAAAGUAUGUCGGAAAUCGUUCGGACACUUGACAGUGAACAAAAUAUACCGGAAAUCGUUCUGGCCAUUGACAGGGAGCCAUGUCUGUCGGGAAAUGUUGAUUUAGAACAAGAUCUGCAGAGCAAAAAUGAUUCUGGAAGUAAAGAGGGCAAUGCUGUUUAUGAAGUUGAGACAGGGGAAACGAUUGGAAACACGCCAAAAAGUCUUGUGAAAAGUCAAGCUGUGCAAAAGGAUUCUCUCGCCAAAAAACGAACUCUAUCAGAUACAAAUAAUAGUUCCAUCUCAAAAAUAUCAACCCUGAAAUCUCCAAUAAGUAGCAUGCUCCCGUCAAACAACCGGAAAACCUCACGUGACACACACCAACUGAAAAAAAAUCUGGCGAGAAGUACCACGUAUUUGAUGUUUAUUAUAUCCAUGGUUUUCAUUUUGAACUUUGUACCAUAUCUGAUACUUAUCAUCCUCAGAGAACUCAAGGAUGACUUUGUAGACAGCUUACAGAACAACGACGCCGCCAGGACUGCUUACCGCUUCUUUCUGAGGUCCUACUUCGCUAACUGUGCUGUGAACCCUAUCAUAUACAGUAUAUUUGAUAGAAGAUUUCGGCACGCAUGUAAAAUGACGCUGAGAUCUGUAAUUUUAAAAUGUUUUGCUGUUAAGCACUGACCUUCAUGUACCUGCAGGUAAUGUUGUUAAAAAUAUUAUGCAUGAUUCGAAAUCAUGUUCAUUACUUUUCACACAUUCAACAAGAAAAGUAUCAGUGUUCAUUCUUGUGCUAACGGACUUCCUUUUGUCUUAGUAAACAUUUCUCUUUUUUGUGGUAAGCGUCUCCUUUUGUCGUGGUAAACAUUUCCUUUUCGCUUGGUAAACACCUCCCUUUGUUGUGGUGAACAUCUUCCUUUGGUGUGGUAAAAUUUCCAAUUGUGGUAAACAUCUCCCUUUUGUGAUAAACAUCUUCCGCAGCAAAAAUCUUCUUUAUUGUGGUAAGCAUCUCCUUUUGUCGUGGUAAAGAUGUGCCGUGGUAAACAUCUCCAUGCAUCGUCUUAGCAUAUCCCUUUGUCGUCGUAAGCAUAUUCCUUUGUCGUGAUCAAAAUCUCCAGUUGUGGUAAGCAUCUUAUUUUGUCGUGGUAAAGAUAUGUUUUAGUGAACAUCUCCCUUCCUCGUAAGCAUCUCUCUUUGUUGUGAUAAGCAUCUCCCUUUGUCGUGGUUCCCUUUGUCGUGGUAAAAAUCAUCUCUCUUUUGUCGUGUUAAACAUCUCAAGUUGUAGCGGCAAACAUAUUACUUUGCUGUGGUAAAGAUAUGUUGUAGUGGUUCAAGUUUCCCAUUGUUGACAUUACAAAACCGGAUUUCCGAUUUUAUGAAUACUUGAGAAUAUUAUAUAGGAUGUUUGACAUUUGUUGAAGAUUGGCUUAUACAAAUGAAAUAGCUGACAUGUGACAAAGUAUGAUAGAGUAUAGCAAUAACACAGGGUCUUACUCAACGUUAUAGCAAAACGGAUAUUUGACAUUCGAUAGAAAAUGAAAUAUUCGUAUUUUACUCUUUGAAGAAGACUAUUUUGUAUCAUACCUAACUUUCAAACUAAUUUGAAUAUAAUAUUUAACAAAUGAAUUUAUACACUGUAAAUAACGCGAAAAUAGCAUAUACCUUAUUAAGCCAUUAGAAUAUUCAUGAAUAUAAAAUGGUAAUUCCAUUCUAAUUAAUUACUUGAUAAAGUCGUAUAUUCUCAUAAACAUGUAUAUACUGUUGUGCCUAUUUAUAGAUAGGCAUAAAACUAUAUAAAUUAUAUAUGGAAUAUUAACUAAAUGAGUUUUUAAUCACAUGAUCAAUUAUUAUUAAAAAUUACCGCUGUAAACAUGCUUUCCAAUGUCAUCUUGAUCCCAUACGUGUGAUCUUCAUUGUGACGUCAGGAUGUUGAUUUUUAGUGUAUACAUGGUAUAGUUUGAUACUUACGUUCCUUAGCUCUGAAAUGAAGUCAGUCUUCAAACAGUUGCAGUAAUGAAAUCCUUUAGAAAAUCCUUUUAUACGUUACUGGUGAGUGUGAUUUCGUGUUAUUGAAAUUUAUAUACUUACAACAUUCAUCACUUAUGAGAAAAUAUGAUUUAUAUAUAUAUAUAUGUUGGCAUAGAUAGUCGUGGUGAAUGACCAGAAUACCAUUUAUAAGAUUAUCCAACAGACUAUUGACAUAUCUAUAAGAACUGUGCCUUCUGCUGGGUAGAUAUUUUCGUUUUCAUUGGAGUUGAAUUUAUUGAAGACUUUAUCAAAACAGGUCAUUAAGACCUUGCAAAGUCGUUUGAUUUCAAUAUUUUGAUGACGUCAUGUCUUUAAAUAAGAAGACAUGUAUUGACAACGUCCUUUGCAUAUACACAUCAGAGUUUGAAAUAAAGGACACAACAGACUCUUCUACAUCUUCAUCUUCAUCAUUUCCUAUACGAAACCAAUAUGGAUAGCUUUCCACCAAGCUGUAUGAUAAACGUGAUGAUUUCAGUUUCACUGUUGUGAAUUUUCCAUUUCUGGAUAGCAACAUCCCUGCAUCUCCAACCUGUGGUUGAUUCGAUAUUCUAGAGUCUUUUCCCAUCAUCACGAUUUCCAUGCAAGAAGUCGUCAUCUGACGGGCAAACUCGUAACACAGGAUUUCAAAAGAUGCAGGUUGAUGAAAAUAAUGGGAAAGUUUUAUGGUCGCCAUCAUUGAGAAAUAUUUUUUAUGUUUGUGCGAUAUGAAGAUGGCCUUGUCGGAGGUUCCUUAGUUUGUCUGUUGGUUUCGUUGUUUUAUGCCUUGUUCUCAUUUGAGAACGUGACAUUACGUACUUGGAUUGACCAAGGUUUACAUGGCGGGUGUCGUCGAUGACGCAGAAGGCGCACACUCCUCUGGAACAUCUGGUCUUAUUCUCCUUGUACUUUUUCAUACGUCUCCAUGAAAAUCUAUCUUUUGUUCAUAAUUUGCCCUAUUUUAUUGAAUUUGAAUUUGGAUUAUGAUAAUGUUGACAUGUUGGUAUUUUCUUGUCGUUCUUUCUUUAAAGGAACUGUUUUCAUGACAAAGAAAUGGGACUUGUUGGCACUCGCGUUUUCUUUGUAAACAUGAACUUUUGAGAAUGGCUUGUAUUCCAACUGUAUUAAAUCUUAGAUUCGAAAUAAAUAAGUAAUAUUUCA